UGUAUCCCGUCCUGCCUACAUGAGUCUACCCUCCCCUAAUAUGCCGACUGCAGAGGAUGAAGAUGAAACAGAUGUAAAUACAGAGUGUGAGACUGAAGGAGAGGGGGAGGAUCUAGCCUCAAUGAUGACUGGGAGGCGGGGAGCUUUGGUACCGCCCAAGAUGCUGGUGUCAGGCUCUGAUAACAGUGGGCGGGAAAGUUCUGCAAGUGUCCGCCAUGAUGAGCUUGAAAGGUCGUCCUCAAUUGUUGUAAUCCCUCCCAUGCAGAUAUGUCCUGGUGAUUUGCUCGUGUAUUCAAGAGUUUUAACUCACAAGGCUAACGCCUACGGAGAUAUGGAUGGUUCAACACAGAGCCUUAUAUCAGAAACAGGAGAUGGGAAGGGAAAAGGAAAAGCAUGGAAUUUAUUGAAGUUGUUUGAUCGAGAAAAAAAGACUAAAACGGACGGAGCCAGUUUAGAAAGUGUUCUCAAUAAUACAGUUCCAUCAGAAUUUAAGGACUCUCAGCUGGACAAGGUUGCUCUGUUCUCAUGGGUAGAUUUUGUAGAAUAUAUUAGACAUGAGAGAGAAGGAGGAAGAAAAUUAGGAGUGAGGAGGAACUCUGUCCUACCAAAGACAGUUUGUCCAAGAUUAGAAGAGACAAGAGAAGAUUUAGUAGAUCCAGCACAAAAGGAUUUUUUGAGCGCCUAUGGAGUAGAGGACUCCCACGUACUCACUGAUUUUCAAGGGACUGGAAGCUUGCUAUCAGACUGUUCUGUAUCCCCUAGCCUGAGCAGGUCAACCUCCCCCUACCUAAACCAUAGGCAGGUCACCCCACAUCUACCUGACCUAGUGGACAACUCACAAAGAAAAGCUUCUCAUGACACAUCCAGUGAUAGCUCUGUGGAUUUCUCAAGUUAUCUGGCCUCUAAAGGUCUACAAAGGUGUCCCUCCAGCCCUUGUUCCCCUCCCAUUCAACACGGGGUCUUCUCAUUCCCUGAGGUUGAAUUAAGAUUAAGUCAGAAUAUGAAAAGAAAAGAAGCAGUUUGGGAUCUUUUUCAAUCAGAAUCUGCUUUCCUACGGCAUCAUCUCAUGGCUCUUAAAAAUGUGUUCUUGGAACCUCUAAAGAAGGUUCAGGUUGAAGGGUUUGUGAUGUGUGCUGAACCUGAAGUACUAUUCGGUAACCUGGAUGAACUUUGCUGUGUGACCUACGCUUUCUGUAAAGAAUUUAUUAAUCUUUUAAUUGAUCGAAUAACCCCUGAAGGAGAUUUACCUGUUGUGGAAAUCCUCUCUGUUAUAUUUCAACAUAGCACUAAAGCUCUUUCGGUUUCUAAGGCAUUCCACAGAUAUGCGCUGAACUACAUUAACGCGUUAAACUACCUUGAUACACUGCGCAGACAACCAGAGUUCAGAGAAUUCGAGAAGUGGUGCAAUAAAGAUCCCAGGUGUAAAAAACUUCAAUUAACAGAUCUUUUAGUUUCACCUGUUCAUCAUAUCAUGAAGAUGCCUCUAGUUCUUAAAGAGAUAGAAGCAAGAACAGAAGAUUCCCAGGAGAAAGCGACAAUUAGUAAGAUACUCCAACUCAAGGAAUUAUCUUUACGUGAGCUGGAUGAUAAGAUGAAAUGGUUGAAAAAUUUUGAAAGAUUGCUUGAAAUCCAGCGGAAUCUAGUCUGGCCACCAGUCAUGGAGCUAGAACCUAAACAGUUUUUCCCUGAUUUUCUGAAAAGCGCUCUCGCCAAGCAGCCCUGCGAGCGAUUAAUCGUGAGCCCUAGAAGACAAAUCUUGAUGGAGGGACCAUUGUCCAUGGUUGACUCUGGUAAGUCCUUGGAGAUGUUUAUAAUCCUGUUCGAUGACAUGCUUCUAAUCACCAGGAGGAAGAAAGCUCUCUCUAAGAAGAAAUCCUUCUGUGAAAGUUUGACUAGUUCUUCUAGGAAAUCAAGCAUCACCGACUCCUGGCCAGCUCCCUGUAGUACGGUAAAGAAUACUGAUGUUGCACUCAAGUACAUUGUUUACAAACAACCUCUCUCACUGGAUAGGUUUUUUAUCCACGAUGUUUCAACUGAAGAAGCAACUUUGGCUAAACUGGAAAAUGCUUUUAUAAUAAUCAGUCUUAAUAGGUUUCAGCAGAUCAUUGGUGUUCAUACAUUUCAAGCACAGUCGGAAACUGUUAAGGUAAAUAGACUGUAAACAGUACAAAAUAUACUGUACAGUAUAACCU